AAUUAUUUUUUACACUAUCCCAUUUCUCGUCUCCAUCGAAUCAUGGCCGCCGAGAGUUUCACCAUGCCAACAUAUUUCAUCGUACUCCUCUUCAUCACUCGCCUAAUCUCCACCCUCCAAGGAAUCAAAACCUCCAAACCGCAGCCCGCCGUCGAGCCGCCACUUCUUGAUAAUUAUCACCAUCAUCGCCACUUCCCCGCCGGAACCCUCCGCACCGACCCGACCGCCGUCUCCGCCGCCGCCACCGACUACGGCCACAUCGUCCACCGCCGCCCCGCCGCCGUCCUCCACCCUUCCUCCGUCGACGACAUCGUCAAGCUCGUCAACCUCGCGUACGACUACAACGUCGUCCACAACCACAACAACAACUCCACCUCGGCGGGCCUCACGGUGGCGGCGAGGGGCCGGAGCCACUCGGUCCGGGGACAGGCCAUGGCGGCGGCGAACGGCGUGGUGGUCGACAUGAUGCGGCUGAGGAGCGCGCGUUUCGAUAAGAACGUAAACGUCGUCGUGUCGUCGAAGCCGCCCGGUCCGUACGCCGACGUGGGAGGGGAGGCGCUGUGGAUCGACGUGCUGGAGGCCGCGCUCCGGCACGGCGUCGCGCCGGUGUCGUGGACCGACUACCUGUACCUGACCGUCGGCGGGACGCUGUCCAACGCCGGGAUCAGCGGCCAGACUUUCCGCCACGGCCCUCAGAUCAGCAACGUCCAUGAAAUGGACGUCGUCACCGGGACAGGAAAGCUCGUGACUUGCUCCCCUUCCACCAACGCUGACCUGUUCUACGCUGUUCUCGGCGGGCUGGGCCAGUUCGGCAUCAUCACCCGGGCCCGCAUCGCUUUGCGCCCGGCCCCUGAAAAGGUGAGGUGGGUGCGGAUGCUCUACAGCGACUUCUCCGCCUUCACAAGCGACCAGGAGCGACUCAUCACUGUGCAUGCAAGCCGGAAGCAAGAACACGACACAUCAGAGGAUCGUAAUCGCAAUCAUGGAGGAGGAUUAUUAGAUUUGGAAUUGGAUUAUUUGGAAGGUUCGGUAAUGGUGGACAGAGGGGGCCCGCCGAGCCACUGGCGAUCCUCAUUUUUCCCGACCUCCGACGCCCCCAGGAUCGUGUCCCUUGUCGCCCAACACCGCGUCAUCUACUGUCUCGAGCUCGCCAUCAACUCCUACACUAAUCACCACCACCACCACCUGGACACGGAGCUGGAGCGACUGUUGCAAGGGCUGAGCUACGUCCCGGGAUUCGCGCACAGCAAAGACGUAUCCUACGUGGAUUUCCUCGACCGGGUACGAGGUGGGGAACUCGAGCUCCAGUCCCGAGGGCUGUGGGAGGUUCCGCAUCCGUGGCUCAACCUCUUCGUGCCCAAAUCUCGCAUCGCGGAGUUCGAUUCGGGUGUUUUCAAGGACAUCGUUCUCCGUCGGAACGUCACCACGGGACCCGUCCUCGUCUACCCAAUGAACCGAAACAAGUGGGACGAGAGGACGUCGGCGGUGAUACCGGCCGCGGCGGCGGAGGAGGAGGAUGUGUUCUACACGGUGGGGUUCUUGCACUCGAGCGGGCACGAGGGAUGGGAGGAGGUGGAGGAGCAGAACAGGGAGAUAGUGGAGUUCUGUGAGGGGAGAGGGAUGGGAGUGAAGCAGUAUCUUGCUCAUUACGCCACGACGGAGGAGUGGGCCAGGCAUUUUGGGCCCAAGUGGACAAGGUUCCGACAUAGGAAAUCCGAGUUCGAUCCCAUGAAGAUGCUCUCUCCGGGACAGAGAAUUUUCAAUUAAUUAAUUGACGUAUAUAGAAUAGAAGAUAUAAUAAUUUAAUUUAAUUUCUGAUAGCUACUGAGAGAGAGAGAGAGAGUUAUGGGAGAUGGGGCAUGGGGGGAAUAUUUGAUUGAUGGGAAGUUAGAUUUCACAGAAAGUGAAUUUGUAUCUCCUCCUCCUUUCUCUCUUGGCUAGACUUUGUUUAUUAUUUUUAUCUAGUCUUCAUCUAGUGGAAUUUUGUUGAGUUUGGUAGUGUUGUGAUUAGAUUUAAUUAUCUCAGAUGUGAUGAUAUGAUAUGAUCAAUGUACAUAAAUGUUUCGGUUCGUAAUGUUUUCAUUAAUAUUAUGUAUGGUGAUCAGCUCCCGUAGAAAAAUUAAUGGAUAUGACUG